UUGAUAUAUGCCAAUAAUUUUGAAAGGUGUGUUAAAUCUAACCAGAAAUAUCUGAGCAAAGAAACAGUUAUAACACAAGCAGUAAACAUAGUGUUUCUCUCUCUGCUCUAGCUGAUUAGUUCUAUCAUUGAUCAUGCCAUUUAGCAGUGACACUCAGUGUAUUGUGGAUGAUGUGGAUGUUAAAGACUAUUCAGCUGAAAGGAGUCCAAUUGCUAAACUGUUUACUGGGAACCAUGGUAACCUGAUAUCUACAGAAGCAAGUAAAUAUAAUCUUUCAGUGGCAACUGAUGAGUGUUCAACACAGCCUCAUUGUGACACUGAUACAUUGUGUACCAAUUCAGUGGCAACUGAUGAGUGUUCAACACAGCCUCAUUGUGACACUGAUACAUUGUGUACCAAUUCAGUGGCAACUGAUGAGUGUUCAACACAGCCUCAUUGUGACACUGAUACAUUGUGUACCAAUUCAGUGGCAACUGAUGAGUGUUCAACACAGCCUCAUUGUGACACUGAUACAUUGUGUACCAAUUCAGUGGCAACUGAUGAGUGUUCAACACAGCCUCAUUAUGACACUGAUACAUUGUGUACCAAUUCAGUGGCAACUGAUGAGUGUUCAACACAGCCUCAUUGUGACACUGAAACAUUGUGUACCAAGAGAAAAGUUUCUUCGGGCGACCCUUUUGACUUGUGUGAUGACGAAGAGGAACCAAAAAAAAAAUACAGACCAAUUCAAAGAAAAUGUAAUACUCUUAGACAGGAUGUUGAUUCUAUUGGUUCACUAGUGAAAGAUUUAGAUAGUGACACUUACACAGUGAAAAGUGAAGGUGGUGACACAGACACAGUGAAAAGUAAUUAUGGUGAAACGGACACAGUGAAAAGUGAAGAUGGUGACACGGACACAGUGAAAAGUGAAGGUGGUGACACGGACACAGUGAAAAGUGAAGGUGGUGACACUGACAAAGUGCCAGUUUUCGAAGAUGCCCCUACUGAAACAUUGAAAGUAGCCAACACUGGACCAGCCAAAGAUAUUGGCAAAGUGUUAAGAGUGAUCUACCUUCACAGUGAUGAGCUAUUAGAUAAAACAAAUCAAUUGAUUCGAAUAGAAGGUCGAGCUGAGCUUGUCCACAGUCUUAUUAGAAUUUACGGGCUGUUAAACUACCUUCAAGUUUUCCCACCACGGACAGCAACAGAGAGUGAAAUUCUGGGCUUUCACUGUCCAGAGUACAUCAGCUGUCUACGUGGUGACAGCCUGUCCGACACUGAGUCAGGUGAAACAGAAGAAUUUGGAUUGUCCUAUGACUGUCCUCACCAAAAUGGAGUUUUUGAAACUGCCAGAUUAAUUUGUGGGGCUUCUAUUGUAGCAGCGGAGAAGAUCCUGGAUGGUUCUGCUAAUGUUGCUAUAAACUGGUAUGGGGGGUGGCAUCAUGCCAAGCGAGACAGUGCCUCAGGGUUUUGUUAUAUGAAUGAUAUUGUGUUGUGUGUUCUAAAAUUAAGGGAGAAGUUUGAGCGGAUACUGUAUGUUGAUAUUGAUCUUCACCAUGGAGAUGGUGUAGAGGAAGCUUUCUUCACCACGUCUAAAGUGAUGACAGUUUCCUUUCAUAAACUGGCUCCAGGCUUCUUCCCUGGGUCAGGGGAUGUUGACAGUGUUGGUAGUGGACGAGGCAAGUUUUAUUCUAUCAAUGUCCCACUCAUGGAUGGGAUCAAAGACUCAGAGUUUUUUACAAUGGUUUACAAAGUGAUGAACCAGGUGAGAGAAAAAUUCACACCUGAUGUCCUAGUUCUGCAGUGUGGGGCUGAUGGGCUGGCUGAAGACCCUAUGGCCUCGUUUAACUUAACCCACACAGGUAUGGCCAGGUGUGUUAGCUACAUGCUGUCCUGGAGGCUACCCACGGUUUUACUGGGGGGAGGAGGCUACAAUUUCCCUGCUACAGCCAAGUGCUGGACUGUCCUGACGUCCGUGGCUGUGGGCAAAAAGCUGCCAGUGGACAUCCCUGAACACCAGCACCUUCUGGCUUACGGCCCCAGCUAUGACCUCAGCACUUGUGUGGGAAACAGGAGAGACUGCAAUACCAAGCCAUAUCUGGCAAACCUGCUGGCCAAGAUAUCCAAACACCUCAGUAACAUACCAGCAGCACACACAAGUUAGGCUUACCCAUCAUAUUGUUAUCACCCAUCAUUUUGUUAUCACCCAUCAUAUUGUUAUCACCCAUCAUAUUGUUAUCACCCAUCAUAUUGUUACCACCCAUCAUAUUGUUAUCACCCAUCAUA